AUGGGUGUGUUUUUCCUGAGUGUCUUCCGCACCCUCGCCCCGAGGAAGGAGGCUGCCGGCUCCGGGAGGUGUUUCCGCAGCUCUCCCGGGCUGCGCGGUAGCCGUGCCCCGGUGCCCCGGCCCGCCCUCCUGGGGUUCCCUCGCCCCGUUGUGGAUGACUGCAGCUCAGAGUCUGACGUGAUUAUUCUAUCUUCAGCCCUGGACUUCGUCUCACAAGAUGAAAUGUUGACACCGCUGGGGAGGCUGGACAAGUAUGCUGCAAGUGAGAACGUGUUUAACAGACAAAUGGUGGCCCGGAGUCUGCUGGAUACACUGAGGGAAGUCUGCGAUGAUGAAGGAGACUGUGUUGCUGUUUUGGAAAGAAUUGGCAGAUUAGCGGAUGACUCGGAACCAACUGUGAGAGCAGAGCUGAUGGAACAAGUGCCACAUAUUGCACUGUUUUGUCAAGAGAACCGGCCUUCGAUACCAUAUGCUUUUUCCAAAUACUUACUACCAAUUGUGGUUAGAUAUCUCGCAGAUCAGAAUAACCAGGUGAGGAAAACCAGUCAGGCAGCUUUGCUGGCUCUGUUGGAGCAGGAGCUGAUUGAGCGAUUUGAUGUGGAGACCAAGGUGUGCCCUGUUCUCAUAGAGUUGACUGCUCCAGAUAGCAAUGAUGACGUGAAGACAGAGGCUGUGGCUAUAAUGUGCAAGAUGGCUCCCAUGGUUGGGAAGGACAUCACAGAGCGUCUCAUCCUCCCUAGGUUCUGUGAGAUGUGCUGUGACUGUAGAAUGUUUCACGUUCGGAAGGUCUGUGCUGCCAAUUUCGGAGAUAUUUGCAGUGUGGUUGGCCAGCAAGCUACAGAGGAAAUGUUGCUGCCCAGGUUUUUCCAGCUGUGCGCUGAUAACGUGUGGGGAGUGCGAAAGGCCUGUGCUGAGUGCUUCAUGGCUGUCUCCUGUGCCACAUGCCAAGAGAUCCGGCGGACCAAGCUGUCGGCGCUGUUCAUUAACUUGAUCAGUGAUCCUUCACGCUGGGUCCGCCAAGCAGCCUUUCAGUCUCUGGGGCCUUUCAUAUCCACCUUUGCGAAUCCAUCCAGCUCAGGCCAGUGUUUUAAAGAUGAGGGCAAGAGUUCAGAAGAGUCAUCAGCAGGAGACGGAAGCAGGAUCAAAGAUUUUGAUGCUGUAGAAGAGGAGCAGGUCCGGCCGGAGGAUGCUCCCGUAGACUUCAGUGCCAGCCUGGAGAGCACACUCGAAGACUGUGCUGCUGAGACUGCUGGGAACUCUGCAGGUGACAUAAGUGUUCCAGAGGACAGCUCCUCACUCUGUACUUUGUCCUCAGAGUCUCAUCAGGAAGCAGCUAGCCAUGAGAAUGAUAAAAAGCCUGCUAACUGCACGACUGCAUUCCGGCCAGAGGUUGGCACCAGCUCCCCAGAUUCCACUCUCUUAGAUCAGGAUUUGUUCAACUCCUUCCAUUUCUGGAGGACUCCUCUACCUGAAAUAGAUCUUGAUAGAGAGCUCCAGCAGGACUUUGGGGAGACACCCAGCCCUGAAAGAGCAGAAGAUGCACCUGGAGUCCCUGGACCAGGUUCUCCUAAUAUCACCAUGGCUACCCGGAAGGAACUAGAAGAAAUGAUAGAGAACCUAGAGCCACACAUGGAUGACCCGGAUGUUAAAGCACAGGUGGAAGUGCUGUCGGCUGCACUGCGCGCUUCUAGCCUGGAUGCUCACGAAGAGACCAGCAGUGGGGAGCAUCGGAGUGAGCUACAAGAUGACCUGGACUGUAGCUUAGAGCAAGACGCUGCUAUGCCUUUAAUCAGCGCUGCCGAGGAGAAUAUGGAUGCCACUCCUCACUAUGUCCACGGAGGUGCGGACAUGACCGCCAGUGGUGGCUUCAGCCCUGAAGAGAGGAGAUCAAAAGUGCAAGAUGUUGUACCACAAGCGUUAUUAGAUCAGUACUUGUCAAUGACCGAUCCCUCCCGAGCACAGACAGUUGACACUGAGAUUGCAAAGCACUGUGCAUACAGCCUGCCGGGUGUGGCCUUGACUCUCGGCAGGCAGAACUGGCACUGCUUGAGAGAGACCUACGAGACCCUGGCAUCAGACAUGCAGUGGAAAGUCCGAAGAACUUUAGCAUUCUCUAUCCAUGAGCUUGCGGUUAUUCUUGGAGAUCAGUUGACAGCUGCAGAUCUGGUUCCAAUUUUUAAUGGAUUUCUAAAAGACCUUGAUGAAGUCAGGAUAGGUGUUCUUAAACACUUGCAUGACUUUCUAAAGCUUCUUCACAUUGAUAAGAGGAGAGAGUACCUUUAUCAGCUCCAGGAGUUCUUGGUGACAGAUAACAGUAGGAAUUGGCGCUUUCGCGCUGAACUGGCAGAACAGCUGAUUUUACUUCUAGAAUUAUAUAGUCCCAGAGAUGUUUAUGAUUACUUGCGUCCCAUUGCUCUGAAUCUGUGUGCAGACAAAGUUUCUUCAGUCCGUUGGAUUUCCUACAAGUUGGUCAGUGAAAUGGUGAAGAAACUCCACACAGCAACACCCCCAACAUUUGGAGUAGAUCUCAUAAAUGAGCUGGUAGAGAAUUUUGGCAGGUGUCCGAGGUGGUCUGGUCGGCAAGCCUUCGUCUUUGUCUGCCAGACCGUCAUUGAAGAUGACUGCCUCCCCAUGGACCAGUUUGCUGUGCACCUGAUGCCACAUCUGCUGACCUUGGCCAAUGACAGGGUUCCAAACGUUAGAGUGCUGCUUGCAAAAACCCUGCGACAGACUCUGCUAGAGAAAGAAUAUUUCCUGGCCUCUGCCAGCUGCCAUCAGGAGGCCGUGGAACAGACCAUCAUGGCCCUGCAGAUGGACCGGGACAGUGACGUCAAGUACUUUGCGAGCAUCCACCCAUCCAGCACCAAAGUCUCUGAAGAUGCAAUGAGUACAGCUUCCUCCACAUACUGAGACCCAGAAUCGCGAGUCCUUCCUGCUUCUACCAGAGCCAGGCCUGACUGCCCUGCACCAGUCUGUGACAGCUGUGGGGGGACUUUCCUCCUGCCAACUCAUUCGCAGGUGCAAGUUGCCUACUCCCAAUACCAGUGGUUUUAAGAGUCAAGAGAAAGUACAGUAAACACUAUUAUCUUAUCUUGACUUAAGGGAAAGUAAUUUCUCAGAGGAUUAUAACUGUCACCAAAGCCUUAACUUGUUACUUCAUCUUCCUGACUGAAUGACUUGAAUUGGCAGAGCAUUUUCCCUUCGGAAAGGAUGAGGUUCCCAGAGAUCUGCAUUGCUUUCUCCUGGUUUUAUUUAAUGGCUGAUAAUUGAGAUUCUCAAGGCCAGAGGUGGAUGUGCACGUCGGGAAAGACCUUCAGUAUUAGCCUAAGCAUUCCUUACAGGUGCGGAGCCUGUUCAGCUCCUUGGCUGCCCUGCCCAGCCCUCAGUGUGAAUAGUUCUUGGCAUAUAUAAAUGACAAAGGAGAUUUUUUUUCUCCUAAGGGCUUGAUGUUAACACUAAAUAGAAUUUUGACUCCUAUUGCAGCACAUUGCUGUACACAUUUACAGAAUGUUUGCAGAAUCUCUCUCCUGAUUUCUUUCAUGCUGGUCAUGACCUGAAGGAAAUUUCUUAGCACGAAUAUUGUGUCAGGUGUUUUAACUUGAUCAUGGUCAGCUCUGAGGUGCAACCUUUUCGUCCCAUGCUGCACAUACCUGUGACCACUCUGGGGCGUGCAGCCUUAAUCAUGCUGUUAGAACUGUUGUGGUACAAGUUCCAAAUAAAAUUUAUUAAUAGGAUCUAUAAAGAGAUAUCACCCACUUCGUUUUCUAAAUGUCUACAAAUAAAUGUAAUGUGUGACCUGUAUUACUUAGCUAGCAUAAGAUGGGGGAAAGAUUAAAAUGUCUUCACCUAGCUCAGUAGUCUGUUUGAAAUCUGCCAGGUGUUCAUCCAUCACUCCUUGGCAGACAGCAGCGGCCUAAAGACCAGGGAUGCUGAGAUCAGCAACCUUAUCCUGAAGCUCCUGAAAUAUAGAGAGACACCUCCAAGUCUCAAUUUACUUAUCUAGAUGGGAACUAGAAAAAUCCUGUUUCCCACAGAGUUGUGUAAUUGCAUGAGGGCGUGCAAAGGCACUAUGCUGCAAUGCAGAGUCUAGUUCCUGCUGUGCAAUCCCUGUCUGUUCUGCGGUCCCAGUGACGGGCUGACUUAUACUGCUCGGAACUGCUAUCAGAAGACAUAGAUUACUUCCAUGUAAACUCCCACAGACAAGCCUGUGCAAUAAAAAUGGAAGUGUGGGUAAGAAAUGCACACUAACACUCAUGGGUGGGCCAGGACAGUAAUUGCUCUGGGUGUUAGCUCGCACAGACUUCUGAAGACAACACCAGAGCUGUGUUUGGGGAGAGGGUCGUCUCCCCUUAGUUUGCUCUAACUGCAGAAGUUCACAUUCUACAACAGUAAUCUUGCCCCUCAGAAUUUCAGUUCUGUAACUGAUGUUAGCAGGUGCAGUUUCUGAAGACAGUGGCAAUGGAAACUAUUUUAGGGUGAAGGAAGUCAACCUGCGGCAAGUUAAGAGUACUAAAAGGUGCAGCCUCUAGACGCCAGGCUUCCUUCAGAGCUCAGUGCAGUCACUGAAGACAGGCCUGCACUGCUGAGCAGCCGCAACACAGUGCGUACAAAAGCCUUCCUGGUCAAUUACUCUCCAGUGAACCCAAACUAAGAAAAAGGAUCUUCAUGACCAAAACAACUUGAGAAGGAAGUCAGGGCAGGCGCCAUGGAGGAACAGUGCUUACGGGCAUGUUCUGUACAGCCCAGGACCACUUGCCCAAGGGGCAGCAUUACCGACAUGGGGCUGAAAAAGUCAAGGAAAUGCCCUACAUCAAUUACGAGGUUCCGCCUUUCCAGGUGACUCCAGUUUGACAAAAAACUAACUUGCAUAAUUAGCCCUUCGCUGACCCACAAAUACAUCACUAUUCAACCAUAACCUUUCCUUUGUCCCCAGUCUGUCACACAGAGGUACUGUCUUUAAAUUUUAACACUUUUACUAGUUCAAGAUCUCGUGGACUCCUAUAAAAUAAUAAACAACUUAUAUAAUUUCUUAUUCCAAAAGGAAAACAGUACACAGUAAGAAUCAGAUCAGUGUCUGAAAUCCUGAGCUUUGCCCCCACGACUUGUCUCGGCAGGCAGGCUCGGCUCUACACUGCUGCGAUCCUGGUGAUCUAGUAAUGGUCCUGGCUCUGGAACGUGCGGUCGUCGUCACUGUGCCUGAGACUGCAAGUACUAGUAGCCUUUCCUGGUUCUUUAGGACCCUUAGCUUCUCUCCAAGACCCCUUCAAUCCUGGAGCCUCCUCUACAACCGAGUCACAGCCCCCUCCCCCUGGCCUCCUGAUUCCAGACCUCAGCAGCUCUCUGACUCACCCUCUCACACCCUCAAAACCAGGACCCAUUGCCAGGCUGAGCUACCAAACUUUGUGAUGCAGCAUUGCCCGUCCUGGACCACACCCGUGUGCUGACCCUUAGGAAAUACUCCCAGAGACUUGACCUCAGUGAUGCUGGGUUUUCAGCCUGAGCUAACCAGCACCAGCUGUCUCAGCAAACACUUCACUCAGUGGUACUGGUCCCGUGUUAAUCACAGUUCAUUUUCCAACCCUAGCUGACCAAAACACAAAUACUGUAUUCCAAUGUCACACAAACAGCAAUAGUCUUUGAGGGACUCUCAAACUUCCCAAGUCAGAACCCCACUCUGCAUUUCUCGCAGUAUUUACCAAGUUACUACAACAGCUCAUUAAGCCAAGCACUUGACCGUUUUUGCAGAACGAGUUCCUCACAGUCAAAUCUGCCACAGCAAUACUCUACUUCAGGACCAACUGCCAUCCUGGUUUGUUUGAUGUGAUAAACACUAGGACCAAAAGCAACUUGGGAAGGCAAGGGUUUGUUUCAUAUGACAGAUCAUAAUUUACCAUCAAGGGAUGCUAGGACAGGAGCCUGGAGGUAGGAACUGAAGCAGAGUGGAGGAGCACUCUGUACUGGAAAGCAGAUG